UUUAUCUGCUUGACGUGAACUGGUUGAGGUUGCUGGAAAAAUGCGUUUCACCAAGUUGUGAAGUGAUUGCUUGGAAUUAAAGUUUGGUAGAAUUAGUUGUAGCAUGUCAUGAGUAAUCAUAAUCCUGAAAUUGUCUUGGAUGAGGCUGACUCCAAUCGUUCCAGUCAGCAGGCCAAUCCAACAACUAAAAAGAAAAGUGGAUUUCAAAUCACCAGUGUUACUGACAGUGGCCACGGUCGGCCCGCAUCAAUUGUUCGAGAUGGAGAAGAAAGUGCCGAUGACCUUGAUGAGUCACAUGCAUCGUAUUCUGACAUUUCAUAUUCCAGAGCGACUGAUGUCGAUCAUGAUCAAGAGAGUACUGCUUCAGAAGACACAUUAAACAUCAGUGCACAUGAUGGUGCAAUCGCAGUGCAUCCCGAUGGCAGUGGACUCUUAAAUCACUAUAGUGCUCACCAUCCCCAUUUACAGCAACCAUCUCACGUGGGACAGACGACUAUGCAUGAUACUUUUAAUAUUCCUAGUAAGCAAGUUGCACAAAAGGAUGUUAGCCAUGAUGUCAAAAAAGUACAUGAACUACCAGCUGUUGUUACAACUAUUUCCACAGACUCAACUUUGUAUAAUCAACACAGUGAACAUUUGGAAUCACCACAAGAAUUACCGCAUGACAAUGCAACUGGUUCUGUGGUGAAAGACAAAAAGUUGGUUGAUUCAGACAAAAGGGUUGAAUCAUCUCAGAAUAAAGCCACAGUUACCUCGAAAGUGUCACCUCAUGAUGACCAGAACACACCAGAGCAAAACUCUAAACCUUCAACCACUGUUUCUUCAAAUAUUCCAGUUUCUUCUCAGUCACUACAAAAGGUUUCCUCUGAUACAACUGAAUCAUCUGCAGUGCCAGCUCCUAUUACAACUACAGUAUUACCGACCAUCACAGCAACGACAAAGCCAGUAUCGACUCCAUCUACAGUGACUGGUGUAAAAGCACCUGGCACAAGAGUAUAUAAAGUGGUAAAAAGAGAGACUGCACACCCAGUUAAGCGCAUGCGUGGCAGAUGGAAUUGGUAUGAUUUUUCAGACACACAGGCGCCAAUGACUGGAGUUGCUCAAUCUAUUAGUGAAACACGAACUACAAGUGAUGUUACAUCUAUUCAUACUUUCUCAUACACAAACUCAUUAAUGUCACCAACUGCAGUACCUUUUUCAUUGCAACCAUCUGACAGCGCUUCAUCUCUUCUUAAGCAACAGUUAUAUUCUGCCGGUUUUCCCUCAAACAAUUCUUCUUCAUCUAUCAACUUGGAAGCCGUACUCGCAGCAAAACAUUUGAAAACUGAUGGAAGAGAUGUGCCAUUAAUGUCUCUUGGACCAUUGAGAAGUGCAAUGAAUGAUUAUGUGACAAGAACAUCUGGUGAUCCAUCUACUGGUGAUAUGAGUGUUUCCUCAAGAACUCUUAAAAUUGACAACAAGAUCGAAGCUGCGAUGGAUCUGGUGAAAAAACACCUGAUGUCAGCGGUCCGCGAUGAAGUUGAUGAACUCAAAGAGAAAAUUAAAGAUCUCACUGAAGAAACCAAUAGGUUGAAAAGUGAAAAUAAAGAAUUACGAUCAGUGUUACCAACGGAUGUUUUAUCACAGAUUCAAACUUCUGUUGUAGCAUCUAAGGAUACUCCCAAAGAAGCUCAGCAAAAUAUUGAAUCUUCAAAUAUGAUUACUGAAGGUGCUGCAUCGAGUUCAUCCAUAACUGCUUUUGAUCAUCCCGGGCAAAAAGGCAUGAGUUCUUCAUUGCCUCAAGAUAAUACCAACUCUACAUUUGUGGGAGUUCCACGACAGGCAGAUGGUAAAGUGAAAAUACCGGCUGUGAAUAUGCCUCCUACUUCUGCUCUCCAUACUCGACAGGAUGCAAUACCUACUGCUACUAAAGCUUCUAUAGUAGGUCAACCGCCGAAUAUUGGAAGUGCAUCUCAAGCACAUGUAUCACUUCCAAGUGUAAGUCAACCGAAUAUUAUUCCAAAAUCUAUGCAACAGCAACCUGGGCCAUCAUUACAUCAGCAGCAUGCUCACGUGGCAAGCUCGCAACAAAAUGUUGCUGUUGAUCAUCAUAAAUCCGAACCCUCAGCUCAAAUGUCACAAGAAAAUAUAAUAAACCCUGCAAAGACAAUGCAUGAUGUAAAUUUUGAAAUGAAAAAUCCGUCCUAACAGAUGGUAAGCCUUGUUUAGUAGCAAACUAUUGCGUAACAAUAAUUAGCGUCAUCAGAUUUUAUACUUCAUUAUUCCUUCCAUGAUCUUGAAAAGUGUUGCUGUAUUGAAGAAUAUAUAUCAUAGAAUCCCAAUUUUUAUCCAAUACAUGCAGCGCAAUCUUGCAUUUACUAACGCAAUCCUGAAUGUGGAACCUAAUCAAUUUACACCAUACACAUCCCAAAUUUUGGUCAUUUAUAGUGUUCUGGAUUUUAAAAAGUUUGUUAAAGCAUGAUCAGUCAAUAACGGUUUGCUACUCAAUUCAAACAGUGGUUUUCACAAGACUGCUAUGAAUUUAUCGAAGCCUUUGUUGGUUUGGUGCCGUUUUUCCUAUUUAUUAUUUUAUAAUAACUUUUUCUUAAGAAUAUAAUGUUAUAUAUUUGCUUGUUGAUGAAUGUGCAACUAAUUCACUGAUUACUCAUUUUGUUAUCUCAUGUUGACUUUAUAUGUAGACAAUCGAGUUGGACAACUUGAUUCAUUGAUGGAUUUAUGUUUGAUUUUUGGCAAUUUCCAGAUAAAGGUCAUAUUUUUCAUUGCCUUACAUCUAGCACUAACCCAACAAGAUUCUAAUCUACAAUUAUCAAAAAAACUUACCAGAUUCAGAGUCAUAUUUCAUAAUAUAGAUGAAUAUUUAUUAUAUUUCUUCGCAUUGGCGUUCAGCCAACAAUCGUGGCCCAGCAUUGUUUGUGGUAUAUUAGAGUGUAAAAGAUGCCCAAAUACGAGAAACAAAUAGAGCAGUGGUUCUCAAACUUUUUAGGCCUUUUUUUAAAAAUUGUCAAGUCUCGCGCCCCAUCUCAAAAAUAAAUAGCUGACAAUAAGCUACAAAUAACAGAUAGUAAGGUGAAAGUAUGUAUUAUUCCAAAAACACUAUAUGGAUGGAAGGUAUAUAAAUAUUUGAAAUGUAUACGGGCACGCAAGAUCAAAUCUAACAAAUAUUUUUAAUUAGCUUUACGCCCACUCAAAAAAUUGUCCACGCCCCCUUUGCGAGGCGUUUGAGAACCACUGCACUAGUGUAUAUUGAUGUACACUUUUUAACUCAUUUGUGCCUGCCAUUACAUUCUAAUAUUUCGUUUUUCUUGGGUAGCAUAUUUGCAACAUACUGAUCACAGGACAUUUAGAAAAAUGAUUGCCACUGUCCCUGGAACGCGAUGUUAUCAGUUUUCAACACCUUGCAAAUCUGCCUAGAAGGUUGUUUAUGCAUGUCCAUUGAUAUAACAUAGUAACUUAUAUGAUGUAUUACUGUAAACAAGAUGCUUGUGUUAAAGGAGAA